AUGGCUGCUAUCCCUCAGGGCGGUACUUGGAUCGACACUCUGCAGAAGUCGUUCGUCGACGUCCCCAUCGACGAAGCCAACGACAAUGGGAUCGCUACCACUGAAUUUCUCGAGGCCUCAGAGGCUCUGACGACCCUGUUUGGUUACUCUCACCACCAAGGACCUCAAGUAAAAAUCAGGGACCGACAGCAAGCAGCUCCUGCUGAAUCUCAGACGCUGCAAGCUCUUGUCAUCAAUGAGCUGAAGACGAAGAAGCACACCGCCGCCGAGGGGCUGCUCUGGCUUGUCCGCGGUCUUGACUUCACCGCCCAAGCACUCCGUGACAACCUGAAAAACCCAGGCAAGGAACUCGCCGACUCUUUCCGCGACGCCUAUGGGUCGACUCUCAAGCCGCAUCACUCGUUCGUUGUCAAGCCAAUCUUCAGUGCGGCUAUGUCUGCUACCCCGUACCGAAAGGACUUCUAUGCGAAGCUGGGUGACGAUUCUGCUAAGUCGGAAGCAGCCCUCGACCAUCAAGUUCAUUUAGCCUGGUUCGGUGUAAGAAUAGGACUAUUUGGUUCAUGUAGUGAACUGGUGUAUAUCCAUGCAUACCACCAUAGGCAAUUAGGAGCCGAAAAGGUUACGGCGAGUCAAUGUACCAAGAUGCAUCAGGGAUUAGCGAAGAAGUACUGUGUUGAAGGGAUUUGUGGCUGGUGCAACCGGAGUGGCUGGUCGAAACUCGUCGACGAUCCCCAGAUCCAACAUGCGUCUCUCCAUAACCCGCUCCCCGUCCAGCUGCAUGCCUAUGUGUGGCCGUUCAUAAUCGUGUGGCCCGUGUUCUUCUCGUUCUAUCUGUCUCCGGAGCUGUACAACACCUACAUUCAGGGGCAGGAAUGGACCUUUGUAUAUGCGGGAUCCAUCAUCACCGUGCAGUCGCUACUAUGGUUGAUGACCAAGUGGAGCGUCAACAUCGACGCUCUUUUUACCGCGACGCGGACGAACUCGGUUGACUCGGCGCAGCUGAUCAAGAUCAUUCCAGUCACGAAUGCGGGCUCCGCAGAAAUCUGCCGCUUGAUUCACGACAACAAGACCGGGAAGAAAACUGUGUCUUUUCUGUUCCAGAAGCGCCGCUUUCUCUACUACCCUGAACGAAAGUGUUUCGCACCCCUGUCCUAUGUCCUCGAUGCAGAACCGAAGCCUGCCAUCAAGACCUUCCAGCAGAGCCGCGGGUUGACGUCCAAGGCAGAGAUUGAGCGGAUUCAGCACCACUAUGGCGACAACAAAUUUGACAUUCCCGUUCCCACGUUCAUGGAGCUGUGGAAGGAACAUGCGGUCGCGCCAUUUUUCGUUUUUCAGGUUUUCUGUGUCGGACUGUGGAUGCUGGACGAAUACUGGUACUACUCGCUCUUUACCCUGUUCAUGCUGGUUGCGUUCGAGAGCACUGUGGUAUGGCAGCGCCAGAGGACGUUGAAUGAGUUCCGCGGUAUGAAUAUCAAGCCGUAUGAUGUCUGGGUGUAUCGUGAGGGCAAAUGGCAGGAGAUUACCAGCGACAAGUUGCUUCCGGGAGAUCUCCUGUCGGUCAACCGGACAAAGGAAGACAGCGGAGUCGCCUGCGAUAUUCUUCUCAUUGAAGGCAGCGCGAUCGUCAAUGAGGCCAUGCUUUCCGGAGAGAGUACCCCGCUGCUGAAGGAUUCAAUCCAGCUCCGACCUGGAGACGACCUCAUCGACCCUGACGGGCUCGACAAGAAUGCGUUCGUGCAUGGGGGUACCAAAGUCUUGCAGAUCACGCAUCCCAAUUCGGGCGAAGGUGCUGAGAAAUUGGACCACAUUGCACCUGGUGUUCCGAAUCCUCCGGACAAUGGUGCCCUGGGUGUUGUGGUGAAGACUGGAUUUGAAACCAGCCAGGGAAGUCUUGUCCGUACUAUGAUCUACUCUACGGAGCGUGUCUCGGCCAAUAACGUGGAAGCGCUUCUCUUCAUCCUCUUCCUCCUUGUCUUCGCUAUUGCAGCUGCCUGGUACGUCUGGCAGGAAGGAGUGGCGAAGGAUCGGAAGAGAUCGAAGCUGCUGCUCGACUGCGUUUUGAUCAUCACCAGCGUCGUUCCUCCUGAACUUCCCAUGGAGCUCAGUUUGGCUGUGAAUACCAGUCUUGCGGCCCUCAGCAAAUUUGCGAUUUUUUGCACCGAGCCAUUCCGCAUCCCAUUCGCCGGCCGUGUUGAUGUCGCCUGUUUCGACAAGACUGGCACUUUGACCGGUGAAGAUCUUGUUGUUGAUGGCAUCGCAGGCUUAACCCUCGGCCAGAAGGAUGCAAAGGUCGAGCCGGAUGGCGCACACACUGACUUGACCAAGGUCACCGAAGUCGGCAGUGAAACGACUCUGGUUCUUGCAACCGCGCAUGCGCUGGUGAAAUUGGAUGAAGGCGAGAUCGUGGGUGAUCCAAUGGAGAAGGCCACGUUGACAUCUCUGGGCUGGGUACUUGGCAAAAACGAUACCUUGGUUAGCAAGGGCAUUGCUGCCAGUGGGUCUGCUCAGGUGCCGGAGUCAGUCCAAAUUAAGAGACGGUUUCAAUUUUCUUCUGCCCUCAAGCGCCAGAGCUCCAUCGCGCAUGUUGUUACCACGGAUAAGGCCACCUCGAGGAGACACAAAGCUACGUUCGUCGGUGUUAAGGGUGCUCCGGAGACUAUCCGGACCAUGCUCGUCAAUACACCUCCGCAUUACGAGGAAACCUUCAAGUAUUUUACGCGUAAUGGAGCUCGGGUGCUUGCUCUCGCGUACAAGUACCUCUCUACGGAUGCUGAUCUGGGACAAAACCGCAUCAAUAACUACUCUCGGGAGGAGAUUGAGUCAGACUUGAAUUUUGCGGGCUUCCUCGUUCUGCAGUGUCCUCUGAAAGAGGAUGCUGUCAAAGCUGUUCGGAUGCUCAAUGAGAGCAGCCACCGUGUCGUCAUGAUUACUGGAGACAACCCCUUGACUGCGGUGCAUGUCGCUCGGCAGGUUGAGAUUGUCGAUCGGGAGGUUCUGAUUCUUGAUGCUCCUGAGAAUGAUACGUCUGGGAAGAGGCUUGUCUGGCGAAGUAUUGAUGAUAAAUUCAACCAGGAAGUCGACCCUACGCAACCGCUCGAUCGGAAUAUCCUGGAGACAAAGGACAUCUGUGUUACAGGAUAUGCUUUGUCUAAGUUCAAGGAUCAAAAGGCUCUCCCGGAUAUCCUUCGUUACACAUGGGUGUACGCUCGGGCCCAUGUUGGCGUGGCGCUGCUGAAUGGAACUCCUGAGGACCUGGCCAAGAUUCAGGAACAUUACCGCAACACGAAGAUGAAGGAGAUCUACGAAAAGCAGGUUGCCAUGAUGCAGCGAUUCAACCAGCCUGUACCGCCAGUGCCCGUUCAGAUCGCUCAUCUGUAUCCUCCGGGACCUACCAACCCGCACUACGAGAAGGCGAUGGAGCGGGAAGCAAAGAAAAAGGGCGCCGCCGCCGCAGAAUCGAAGACUGGGGCGAAUGGUGUUCCGACCAUCACUUCGCCUGGAGCACAAGCGGCGCAGCAGUCUGCUCAGAAUCUUACUCCUCAACAGAAACGCCAACGCGAAGCCGCCGCUGCGGCUGCAGGAUUGGCGGACAAGUUGACGACGUCGAUGUUGGAACAGGAGCUUGAUGAUAACGAGCCUCCGACUAUCAAGCUGGGCGACGCGUCCGUUGCUGCUCCCUUCACGAGCAAGCUGGCCAACGUGGUCGCUAUCCCUAACAUCCUUCGCCAAGGCCGCUGCACCCUUGUCGCUACCAUUCAGAUGUAUAAGAUCCUCGCUUUGAACUGCUUGAUCAGCGCCUACAGUCUCAGUGUGAUCUACCUGGACGGAAUCAAGUUUGGGGACGGCCAGGUCACGAUCAGCGGGAUGCUCAUGAGUGUCUGCUUCCUUUCCAUUUCUCGUGCUAAGUCUGUCGAAGGCCUGUCGAAGGAGCGGCCGCAGCCGAACAUCUUCAACAUGUACAUUAUUGGCUCCGUCCUUGGGCAAUUCGCCAUCCACAUCGCUACUCUGGUCUAUCUUUCCAACUAUGUAGCCAAGAUCGAGCCACGAACCGGAGAAGUUGAUCUCGAGGGUGAAUUCGAGCCAUCUUUGCUGAAUAGUGCCGUCUACCUUCUGCAGCUUAUUCAACAAAUUUCGACCUUCUCAAUCAACUACCAGGGUCGCCCGUUCCGGGAAUCGAUUCGAGAGAACAAGGCCAUGUACUGGGGUCUGGUCGGCGCCUCGGCGGUUGCCUUCUCCUGCGCGACCGAGUUUAUCCCUGAGCUUAACGAGAAACUGCGGCUGGUACCAUUCAGCAAUGAGUUCAAGGUCGUCCUGACGACUUUGAUGAUCCUGGACUAUGCGGGCUGCUGGGUGAUCGAAAACGUGCUGAAGCGCCUGUUCAGCGAUUUCCGGCCCAAGGAUAUUGCAGUGCGCCGGCCCGAUCAGUUGGCUCGGGAGAUAGAACGGAAGAAGAAGGAGGCUGCUGAAGCGGCUGCUGAGAAGGAGAAGGCCAGGAAGGUCUGA